AGUCAAAUAUUAUUUAUAGACACCCCUGUGGACGGUGAUGAGGUUCAUGGCAAAGGCUUAUCCAUUGAUACGCCGACUCUGAUUCUGAUAAAAACAGCACUUAUUCAAAUAUUCAGCUAAGCAAUUUUCAGUUCAUUCAGUUGUGAUUUCAUCAAGACAAGUUGCAAAUACAUAGUUAGAUACAUACAUGCAUGGAGACAAAAAUAGUGCUCGCAAGGCCAUUCUCGCUAGAGAGCGAAUCAGACCCAGAUGCAAAUUAUAAAGCUCCAAAUAUUUUGCGGCGCAUAUUAAGUCUCUUCAGUAAUGUGCGCCCAGGAUCUGAUGUCUCUUGCUUCAAGCUGCCACCUGUGUUCAACAUGCCGAAGUCAGAGCUUCAGUGCUAUGGGGAGUGUGUAUAUUCCACAGCGUUAGACAUGCUAAGCAACAUCAACAGAGGCAACACACCAUUGGAUAGACUCAUAUCUGUUGUUGCAUGGAGCAUUUCUACCGUACGCCCCCUGUGGUUUGGUGUUGCUCCCUACAAUCCCACUCUUGGUGAGACUCAUCAUGUUUCCAAAGGAAACCUCAAUGUCUUACUCGAACAGGUUUCACAUCACCCUCCGGUAUCUGCUCUCCAUGCCACCGAUGACAAGGAAAACAUAGAAAUGAUAUGGUGCCACUCUACUGUUCCAAAAUUCACAGGUACUUCAGUUGAAGCUCACGUGCAUGGCAAACGGCAGCUGAAGCUCCACAAUCAUGGAGAGACCUAUGAAAUGAAUGCUCCUAAUCUCCUUAUCAGAAUUUUUCCAAUCCCUGGGAAUGAUAAUGUUGGCGAUGUCAGUAUCCGGUGCCUAGAAACUAACCUUGUGGCAGAAUUAAGCUACAUAAGCCAAUCUUUCUUUCGGUUUGGGACAAAUCGGAGACAGAUUAAAGGAAAGAUCAUUGAUUCAUUGUCUGCCAAGCUUCUGUAUAAAAUUGAAGGUCAUUGGGAUAGUACUGUAACAGUGAAGAAUACAGACAAUGCAGAAGUAAGAGUGAUAUACGAUGCAAAUGAAGUUAUUUCAGGACUCCAAGCUCCUAUUGUCAUGGAUCCGGAGAGUGUGUGGCCAACAGAAACCACUCUUGUUUGGAGUGAGUUGAGCCAAGCCAUCGUGAACAAAGACUGGGAAAAAGCAACAGAAGCAAAGAAAACAGUGGAGGAAAGACAAAGGGAGCUCCAAAGAGAAAGAGAGUCAAAAGGGAAAACUUGGAUUCCUAAACACUUUAGAGUGUCUUAUAGCAAAGAAGAGGGUUGGGACUGUUCACCAAUUCAAAAGUCAGUCCCAAACGCCCCUAUCGUCACCUUGUAAUGUGCUAAUUAUAUAUGUAUGGUUUAUGUGUGCUAAUUAUAUAUGUAUGGUUUAUGUGUUUGAGUAAGUGUUAAUAAAAUUGAUUAUGAAAUGAUGUGAUUUAUAUGUUUGAA